ACAGUUUAGCUAGAAUCUAGAAAGUUUCUCUUGCUGUAGUUUUUGAAUAUUUAUUGCAGAUGUUAUCCAUAAUGAAAACCAGGACACAAUUUUUGAAAGUAUUCAUUGUAAAUGUCUUAAUAUCCCAGUGCCUUUCCUCAGGUGGCUUUGAGCUGAUGCUGCAGGAGUUUCUGAAUAAAAGGAGCCACGCAAGAUGCUGCCGCGGAGCCUUGGCCUCCGUGAUUCAGCCCUGCGAAUGUAAGACGCUGUUUCGCAUCUGCCUGAAGCACUACCAGAGCAGCGUGUCUCCAGAGCCCCCCUGCACCUACGGCAGCACCGUCACCCCCGUGCUCGGCUCCAACUCCUUUCAGUUCCCUCAGUCGGCUCCCGAUCACUCCUUCACCAACCCAGUACGCUUCCCUGUUAGCUUCACAUGGCCUGGGACCUUCUCCUUGAUCAUCGACGCUUUCCACACCGGUUCUACUGAUGAUCCUGCGACAGAAAGCCUGGAGCACCUGAUCAGCCGCAUGAUUAUUCAGAGGCAUCUAGCUGCGGGAGAAGAGUGGACCCAGGACGUACACACUGCUGCUGGAACGGAGCUCGGAUACUCAUACCGCUUUGUGUGUGACGAGCACUAUUAUGGAGAGGGAUGUUCCGUGUUCUGUCGCUCCCGGGACGACGCCUUCGGCCACUUCACCUGUGGAGACCGUGGCGAUGUGCUCUGCAGCCCGGGCUGGAGAGGACAGUACUGUACACAAGCGAUCUGUCUUCCAGGAUGCGAGGAGGAACACGGCUUUUGUGAGAAGCCCGGUGAAUGCAAGUGCAGGGUCGGCUUCACGGGCCGGUACUGUGACGAGUGCAUCCGCUACCCAGGCUGUCUGCACGGCACCUGCCACCAGCCCUGGCAGUGCAACUGUCAGGAGGGCUGGGGCGGCCUCUUCUGCAACCAAGAUCUCAACUACUGUACCCACCACAAGCCCUGCAUGAACGGGGCCACGUGCACCAACACGGGGCAGGGGAGCUACACGUGUACCUGCAAAGCCCGCUUUUCUGGGACUGUCUGCGAUAUUGAGAUCGAUAAAUGUGUCGAUGGGCCUUGUAAGAAUGGUGGAACAUGCACUAAUACUGAAGACAGUUAUAACUGUAGCUGUGCUCCAGGUUAUUAUGGGAGUAACUGUGAGUUAAGAACGACGACCUGCACCGAUGAUACUUGCUUUAAUGGUGGCCACUGUGCCGGUAACCCAGAUGGUGGGUACUACUGUCAGUGCCUCGGGGGCUACGUUGGAUUCAACUGCGACAAGAAGAUCAAUCACUGCGCCUCCAGCCCUUGCGUAAAUGGUGCUCUUUGCGUGGACCUUGUUAAUUCCUACUUAUGCCAGUGCAUAGAAGGUUUCACUGGACUGCACUGUGAAGAAAAUGUCAAUGAGUGCUCCAACUACCCUUGCCAGAAUGGCGGGACGUGCCAUGAUGAAAUUAAUGGCUACUCUUGUAGUUGCCUUCCUGGGUAUGAAGGCAACAACUGCAACAUAUCUGUCAGCAAAUGCAAGUAUAACCUCUGCCAAAACGGUGGCACGUGUCACGAGAGGGACGGCCAUUACGUCUGCACCUGCAUGCAUGGUUAUGCUGGACGCAACUGUCAGUUCCUGUUCAUGGAACAGCUUGGUAUCAAAGGAGCCAAGAAGCUGCUGGAAGAAGCUGAGAAGGAGGGCAUCCCCUGGAAGGCCAUCUGCUCUGGAGUUAUGCUGCUACUGGUACCACUGACAGGAUUUGCAGUGCUGGUGGUUCGCAAAUACGUGAAGGUUCAUCCCAGGAGCAAGAACUACAACGGCAAGACCAUGAACAAUCUGACGACCAGCUCUCCCAGAGGCGAGGAGCUUUCUGCCAGCACCAGAGGGGCUCCCCAUGUCAAAAACACAAACGUGAAGAUGGAUUUAUAUGGUGAUAAUGGGAAGCAGGUCCAUUGCCUACAAGUGGAUUACAAUCUGGUGUACAAUUCAAAGUCUGGGGACAAGAUGAGAGUGGAGGUGGAGAAGAGCCUGGAAUGUGCAUCUGUAGACUGUGAUAUAGACGCAAAACAGAGGAAGAGUUUGAAGAGUGCUGCUUCAGAGAAGGAGCCCCCUGGGUGUGAGAUCUCGUCAGUGUGCGUCACGUCGGCUGGAGAGCUUCAGCACAGGUGUAACAGGCACCACAGAGACCCGGAGCCCUUACUCCACAGAUACCCGGAGCCCUUACUCCACUGAAGCUGCUUAAACCUGGGAAUGUUUCCGUUAAAGGCUGCUGCUGUGAGACUGUCAUUCAGCAUGAGCUGGAUCUCUACUGAAGCCAGCAGAUUCACUGCUUCAGACAGUGCAUGUUGGGCCACACUGGCUCACAGAAUUAUGGCUGUUCUUCUGAUAAAAAUGAAAUAAACUUAGUAAUGGGAUGUUGCAUUUAAAGUGCUGAAUACUAUUAAAAAGCAACAAUAAAUAGAGGAUUUCAAAGCUGACUGAGCCAGUCUUGACUCUGGGCUGUAUGUGAAAACACUGUUUUUAAAUAAAAUAAUUGUAUUUCUUAAGUUAACUUUAAGUUAUUUUAUUUGUUUUGUAAAGGUUUUUAAUUUUAUGGAGUUUACGUUUGUUUAUUUAAUUUUGUGCAGAUACAAAAAUGA